CCCUAUACUACGCACCCAGCACCAUGUUCCUUGUGGCACCAGCUGCUCCCAGUAUUUUGUCAUGCAUCCUUGGGUUGUCCCAGCUGGCAUGAAGCACCUUAGUGGUGGGUCCGUGUGGCAUCACGUCUGCCUAGCAUGGUUUCUGUUCCACCUGGAGCUGUCUGCAUGCCUUAGAUAGCACCAUGUCCUUUUCCCGGCCAUGGUGGAACUCUUCACAGAGCACAGCAUCAAGUCUGGUGCUACUAGGGGCAAUGACCGCAGCAGCAGCGCUCCUCUCAGUCCCCUUCUGCCAUCUGUGUCGUCAAGUCUGUCGUCAAUGCUGGUGAGGAUGCUGCUAGUGUAUGCUGCCUGCGGCCCCUGGGAUCCAUGCACUGGUGCUGGUGCUGCAUGGUUUAGCUCCUCCAGCAUUGGUGACAGAGUGCCCUGCCUCCACGGAUCCACCAACUGCAUGUGCAGGGAAAUGAAGGCCACUACAAGUGAACUCCAAUUCUCUGACUUUUGCGGCAACUGCUUGAAGGCUGCCCGGUCAUCUGGGCUGAAGAUGAUGAGUAACUCAUAAGGUGUGUCGUAAACUCCACGAGGACGACAGGGCAAGAACAUGGACAGUGACGUUGAAGAUGACAUCCUUGAAGACGACUUGCUGACAGCUCUAAAAGACGUAUGGGAUGAAGAGCUGAAUGAUGACCUUUUGCGUAGUGAUGAAGAGGACGUAACUACCAGGGACGUUCCUGCUUUUGAACAUAACAAUGCCAAGAAACAUUCAGAGGGUGAAGGUGCUGGACUGACCUGCCUCUCUUCCAUUGAAAGCUUGUGCCGUCAGGAGGUUAAUAUCCUUCCUGCCACUGACCUCACAUCAUCAAGUGACCCCUGUGGACCUUUAAAAGAGUCUGACUUUGUGGCUAAUGAGAAAAUCCUUGGACCACAAGAGCAGGUGUUUGAAUUUGAGGAGGAUGUACUCUCUGCAGCAAUACCAGCGCUCAGUGGUGCGGCCGUACAUCUGAAGUGUGUGCAUGAAGAUAGAGCCCCACAAGUAGCUGAGGAGCCGAGAGGAUUCACUGGAGAACAGCAGGCAGGAGAAGAACCGGACCAUGGUGAAGUUUUAGACAUCCAAAUCAAUGGCCCUGUAGGUGAUGAAUUUCAAGACAAGCCCAGGGAGCCGAUGAGGCAGCAGGAGGAGGACUCAACCACAAAAAAUGGAGACGGAGGAAGCUGCGGGUUACGCUUCAGAACCGAGAGAAAAGCUACUGCUACCGUAAUACGCUCGUCAAGCGCAGCUGGCAGAAAGAGGCCUUUAACUGAGACGCUGGAGCUUUGUGAAGAAGACAGACCAGCGUUCUGGAGCCAUGUGAAUAAACUCAGGCGUCGUGGAAGAGGAUGGAGUGGAACACAAGUGGACACGCAGAAUGCCCUUCGCAUCAAGACCCCUUGGAAAAUGCCACAGCACUCCCAGAAUGAGGCCCAAAGCACCAACCAAAGCCCUGGCUCUUCACUGAUUCUUUGGAUGGGUGGGCUGCAGUCUGCAGGCGUCUCCCCCCAACAAGUGGUCAGGACCCCCAUGGACCCUCACAGAGCAGUGCCCUUGACGUCUGCACAAAGCCCAUCCAAUCCUGCUGUGGAUCCCUCGAGCCUCCAAGAUGUAGGAGACUCAUCCAGGCUUCUUCAUGUGCAGACCAAUCAAGCAGGAAUCCUCACAGGAUUCGCAGGACAGCAUAUGUUCCAUCAGCAGCACCCCACUUCAGAGCUGGACAGUAGUCCAGUGCUCCAUGGCCCUGUCUCCAAGGGGGUUGCUGCUCGGCAUCCCGAAUGUUCAGGGGACCAGGGGAGGCCCCACUGCUCUCUGCAGAGAAGCCUGGGCUUACCCAGUCCAACAAAAACACGCCCCGCAUCCCAGUUUGUCCCAGGAGUAACAUCCCUACUGGCAGCGUCCAGCAGCACCACUCACUCUGCUCUGCAGGAGAAGGUGCUGUCCGUCCCCCGGCGGUGUGGUAACCAGCGUUUCCUUCCAAAUCAAAACCUGCUGUUGUCUCCUCCAGAACCUCUGCCUGCUCUCUUCCCAAAACCACAGAAAAGCCAGUCGUGUGCAAGCUCCGUGCAAGCCCCUCCUCCUGUCUGCCUGCGUUCUCUGAGCAGUGAAUCGCAAAGCAGCCCUCAUGGCCAAGCUGCUCCGCUAUGCUGUGCUGUCAUCAGACCCAGAAUGCAGGUCCAGAUUUCUCCUAAGUGCAGCCGAGCUCUGAAGAAUCCUCCAGUUUUGGCUCAAAACAGCUCCUUCAUUAACGCAGCCCGUCCCACGCCUACUCCUGCCGUGCAGGUCCGGCCUGUUGCCAGGGCCGUUGCCACGGGGAUGCCCGGCGCUGCUAGGCAGCAGGCGAGUGCCAGGGCUGGAGUGUGUGCCAGGACUAUGCCAGAGCGAGUGCUGGCGGGGAAGAGUCGAGGUCAAGAGGUCAAGGAGGAGCCCCAGUCUCCUCUGAGUUUACUCUCCAAGAAAGAGAGCGAGGGAGCAGAGAGGGAUGAGUGUUGGGCUGAUGAGGAUGAUGAGGACUCUCUCUGCCAGAGCAAGGCUGGUCAGGAUGAUGGUGGUGAUGGUGUUUCUGCAUGGUACCGGCAGCAAUUGAAGAAGCAGAAACGACUCAGGGAAAAGCUUAUGAGUCACAAGGAGAAGAGGAGGCACCUGCAAGCCCAGUACAAGAGGAGACAAAAGCAGGGCAAACUCCAUGAAGUUCUCCUUAUGGGAAAAAUCCAUGAUGCAGCACCCCAGCAGUGUCCUCAGCCAUCACAGGACAGCAAACAGGCUCAGAGCACCCAGAAACCCACACAGAAAACCAGGCGACGGUGCUCUUUGGACUCAGAGAGUCACCCCAACCUCCAGCUGUGCCAGCAACAGCAGCAUGGUUCUGCUUUACUGCCACCACUCAAAUAUCCAUCUAAACCAGCCCACCCUCAGACGCAUGUAGCACAGUGCUCUGCUGCUGCUGCCCCAGUGAGGCGGGCUGUACUGUGGCAUGGGCAGAGGUGUUUUGGGCAUGACGAUGAAGGACCUUCAAGAUUUUCAGGAGAGCUGGGAGAAUGGCAUGAGAGGACGAAGAAGAUUGUGAUGAGGAGGGAGGUGAAAGAGCUGCCAUCCAAAUUGAGAGUCGCUAAACACGUUGGAUUGGAGGAGGAGGAGGAUGGCAUGAGUUUGAGGUUCCCAGCCCAGGUGAAUGAAGGCUCAAGAGUGGUUACUUUUACUCGGACCACCUUCUCUCCAGCCCACACACUCAGGCAGGUGUGUCCAAACCUGCGGAGGUGGACUGCCUCCAACAAGCUGCAUGACAAGGGUUUCUGGAGUGCAAGAAGAACCUGUCAGUGGUCAGACCAGCACCAACUGCAUAGAAAGGUUUGACCAUUAAACAUGUCGACAGAGCUGCUGGACAUACCGCCUUCGAAGGUUCUGUCCCCAGGUGGAUACAAGUGUUGGCAAAUAUGUUCUCCUCAGGAAUCGAGGUGAAAAGCCAGAUAUAGGCUGUAAUUGUGUUUAAAAUAAAAUCACAAACCCAGUGUU